AUGCGUGUAGAUAAUAGAUACAGUCCACACAAUGGCGACGUCUUGUGCAGGGGGCGGGCACAGGGCGAGGCAGCAAGUGGCGGUACACCUUCACCCGCCGUUACGCCGGCUAAGAAGGAUCAGCCUCUGUUUCCAGAUAAAGAAUUUGAUUUCCUGGAGCGACCGUCGCAGGAUUUCUUCUGUCCCGUUUCGUUAGAGCUGCUUCUCGAGCCUCAACUCACCUCCUGUUGUGGCCAUCACCUGUCGCUAGAGGUGGCUAACAGGCUGCAGAAGGAAGUGGAAGGAGAAAACGACGACCAACUCUCGUGGCCAGUGAAGGUCUUUGUCACACUAGAGCUACUCAACCAGGCUGGAAACAAUAACCACCUGCAAAGAUGUAUAGCACUGGAGUUCGCUGAAGGGGAGAGAGCUGAGAAGGAUGAUUAA